GCCUAUGUGACAACGUCUUAUGGUCAAGGUGAAGGACUUAUCUGGCUGAGCAAUGUCAAUUGUCUGGGGACAGAGACCUCCCUAGACGAGUGUUCCCACUCAAGUUGGGGAACAGCACCAAGCUGUUCCCACAGUAGUGAUGUUGGAGUUGUAUGUCGUGGAGAAACUCUGCGUAUCCACCUGGAGCCACCAGGUAGUGUCCUCAACGUCUUUCCUCGGUCAGCCAAUCAGUGUCAAGUGUGUGGUCGAUUACUCCAACUCUCCCGUCACGUCGUUCAGGUGGACACACAGUGGACGUUCAUACAGCGGACAAACCUUCAGUAAAACAGUAACAUCCAAGUCUGACUCGGGCACACUGACAUGCAGUGUCCAGAAUGUGAGGGCCUCCACUCGAAUCAACGUGUGGUACCCUCCGGAAGUACAUCUGGAACCGAGCAAUGACACCAUCAAUGUUGGUGUUGGUGAAGACCUCCGUGUGCAGUGUGUCGUGGAUGAUGCCAACCCUAGUGUCGAGAUAUACAGGUGGUCACACAACGGACGGACGAGUACUGGGUCGACCUUCCUAAAACGUGACGUAACCAAGUCUGAUCAAGGACAACUGACCUGUACUGCUGACAAUGGACACAUGAUGACACCUGGACGGGCAGAUGCAACUGUUAGGAUCAGAUCAACGUUGAGAAUACACUUGGAGCCACAAGGAAGUGUCAUCAACGUCCUUCUUGGGCAAGUACUCAGUGUUGUAUGUGUGAUUGAUGUCUCCAACACUCCGGUCACUUCGUUCAGGUGGACACACAGUGGACGUUCCUACAGUGGACAAACCUUCAGUAAAACAAUAACAUCCAAGUCUGACUCGGGCACAUUGACAUGCAGUGUCCAGAAUGUGAGGGCCUCCACUCGAAUCAACGUGUGGUACCCACCAGAGGUACAUCUGGAACCGAGCAAUGAUACCAUUGAUGUUGCUGUCGGCGAAGACCUCAGUGUGCGAUGUGUCGUGGAUGGUGCCAACCCUAGUGUCCAGAUAUACAGGUGGUCACACAACGGACGAACAAGUGCUGGGUGGACCUUCCUAAAGCGUAACGUAACCAAGUCUGACCAAGGACAACUGACCUGUACUGCUGACAAUGGACACAUGAUGACACCUGGACGGGCAGUUGCAACUAUAAAUGUGAAAUAUCCACCGGAGAUCCACCUGUCAACAAGGCCAGAUGUCAUCAGUGUCAUGGGUGGGAAUGCUGUUGAAGUUGAAUGUGUCGUUGACGAUGCAAACCCUGCCGUCACCUCCUACGUGUGGCGUCACAACGGCGAUAUCACUUACGGACAAACAUUUCUGAAACACGUGUCAUCUUCUGAUUCGGGGAACCUAUCGUGCUCUGCUACCAAUAGACAAGGGACAUCAACUGUACAAACAGGCAUCGAAGUCUUGCAAGCUUCCUCCUUGAUCGGGAACGAUGAAACUACAAGCAAGAAUGCAGUGAUUGCCAUAGCAACAGGAUCUGUGGCCAUAGUCAUCCUCAUCCUGCUCCUCAUCAUCAUUAUCUACCAGAGGAGGAGAAUGCAGACGGCAAAACCUAUUGAGAAUCAACAGAGACCUACACAGACGUCCAGGGCAGAUGGUGCAAGACGCCGACAGAAUUACGAGACCAUGGAGCGGCCAAGUGGAGAUGACGAUCCUGCUCACAUCUAUGGCAACCUUCGAUUUGAAGAUAAAGAAAACACACGACAAAAAUCAGAUGACGAUUCUGCUCAUAUCUAUCGCAACCUUGCAUUUGAAGAUGAAGAAAGCACACGACAAGAAACAGGAACUGCUUCGGGUCAAUCCUACGGUGACAUCCAGCUUGAAAUGAGCGAGAACAUACGAAAACAAAGAGCAAAAGACAAGAAAGUAAAACCAACCAAAGCACAGAAAUACGACGACGAGCCAACCUAUCAAAACUCCGUCGUCAGGAACUAGUCGUUUUCAUAACUAUAGAUACUGACAUCAUCACGUGACCUGGGCACAUAUCUGCAUCAAUCGUCAGGAACUAGGAUACUGACAUCAUCACGUGACCUGGGCACAUAUCUGCAUCAAUUGUCAGGAA